UCGGAGCAGGUGGGGGAGGACCCAAGACGCGAGGCGGAAGCCCAAGCGGCCCCGCUGCACUCGCGCCGGCCCGUCCCCUCAGAGAGGGCCAAUGGGCUCUCAGGACGCGCACCUAACGACGCGGGCUCCGCCCCUUGGAGACGCGCUCAGGUCUGGCCAACAUUCGCCGAGGUAGCGAGAGAUUUGAGAGCUUUGCUCGGGUCUCGAGUCCUGGCGGCUCGCCGCCAUGAAGCUGACGCGGAAGAUGGUCCUGUCCCGGGCCAAGGCCUCGGAGCUUCACAGCGUGAGGAAGCUCAACUGCUGGGGCAGCCGUCUCACUGAUAUCUCCAUAUGCCGGGAAAUGCCCAGCCUGGAAGUGAUCACCCUCAGCGUCAACAGCAUCUCCAGCCUGGAGCCCGUGAGCUGCUGCCGGCAGCUGAGCGAGCUGUACCUGCGCAAGAACCGCAUCCCCAGCCUCGCAGAGCUUGUCCACCUGAAGGGCCUCCCACGCCUGCGAGUGCUCUGGCUGGCCGAGAACCCCUGCUGUGGCACCUGCCCCCACCUCUACCGCAUGACUGUCCUGCGCACCCUGCCGCAGCUGCAGAAGCUGGACAACCAGGCUGUGACAGAGGAAGAGGUGUCCCGGGCGCUGAUGGAGGGAGAGGAGGUCACAGCCCCCAGCAGAGAGGACUUGGGGAACGGCCCACCCGAGCUGUCCUACACCCUGAGUGCUGUGGACGCCGCCACUGAGACGACACAGGAUCCUCUGAGCCUCGGCAAGGGGGAGGCCAGCAGUGACCAGGGGCAGCUUGGCCUGAAGCCCACCUCCCGGGACCGGUUUCCUCCGUUCUCACAGCGGGAGGCUGCAAGCAGUCGCACCAGCAGGGUCACGUGGCCGGCGGGGGUACAUCAGUGAAGACCAGCUCCUUCCAGGGUCUCCUCCAUCUGCUGCUCGAGUCACUGUGGCUUGGGCCUGGGCUCGUCCCUGCUCACGGGCCGCCCUACCCCCAAAGGGCGGAGCCAUCUGUCCCUCUGUGUCCUCUGGCUGGCACAGCAGCUUCCCUGUGUGCCCCCUCCCACCAGCAGGUUUGGAGUCAUCCCCUGACCCGGUCUUUGGCAGGGAGAACUUGGAGGGGACCUCGCCACCUGGGCACAGGGGGAGGGAGCUGUCUGAACAGGACUGGGGUCUGUGGGGGUGGACGGGACCCCCUGGCACCUGCUCCAGCCCUUGAUCAGCCUGACCCAUGCCAUAGGGUGUGGUGGGCUCACAAAGGCUGGCGCCACGUCCAAGCAGGGCUGCCCGAAGCCACAGCAGGGCCUCCCUCCCUCAUUUGUGCAGUGACAACUUGAAAUGGGCGCAGAGUUCACCAGAGGUACAGAGGUGAACACACUGACGCCCUGUCCCCACCAGAAGGUGUCCCCCAAAGGCUGUGGUAGGUGUGACUGCGGGCCGAAGGCCGGUCCAGAGAGCAGUCAGUGGGCCUGUGGCCAGUCUCCCUCACCCGGCCCCGCCCGAGUGGGCCACUGCCCCCUGGGACCACAGCCUGCUCUUCCGCGAGGUGGCUGUGUGGGACAGCUCCGGGUCCCUGCACACACCUUCCACACGUUUCAGGAGGAGCGCAAGGUGUGUACUGUUGCCGGUGGCAGGUCUGCCCAGCGGCUGGGCUUAGGCCAGGAGCUCCCACCCCACCCCCAUGGCAGGGCCUCUGCCAAGGAGAGUGGACCAGGGACUGAAGGUACUGGUUCAACUCCGUGCCUGCCACAGAUACCUACAAAAGACUAUCACACUUGCUCAAACAGGAUGCUUGCUCUGAGAGCAGAGGACAGAAGGAUCUGGCCCUGCUUCCAGGGGUCCCUGUGGUCACCCAAGCUGGGUGACCCUGAGGCAUCCAGCCCCCCACAAGCUUCUGAGUGCAGGUGCUGGUGGCCAGGAAGACCUGGGGACACAGGGAGCUAGCGAGAUUUGAGGGAGCAGGAGCCUUAGGGCAUUGCAGAGGCCAGGGGCCAGCAUCCCAAGCGUGCCCACAUGGGCCACGUGCUCUGGCUUUUGGCCAUCCCUCCAGUCAUCCCACAAGAAGGAUCAGCUCAAAUAGCCCCUUCGUGUACAAUCCUUCCCGAUUUUCCCAGUAGACAUGGCGUUUCUCUGCUCAAAUGCGGAUGGGACUCGGGUGUGGUCGUGUGGACGUGUGUGCGCAUCACACACUACGCCCAUGUGCGUUUGAACACAUUCCUGAGCACCUGCUUCUGGUCUCUGCUCCAUCGCUGACCAGCUGUGUGAUGAGGGCCCCUUACUCAGCCUCUCUGGGCCUUGGGGCUGUGAGCAGGAGGUGAGUCAGUUCGUAGAAAGUCCCUGCAGGCAGCGAGCGCUGUACCGCAGCCAUGGCCACAGCUUCCAUCCGCCCAGGUCUGUCUGGAAGGCUGCCCCCUGAAGGCUGUGCUCUGGUGGUGGGGGUGUGUGUGUGUAUGUGUGUGGUGUGGGUGGCCCAGCGUCACAGGCGUGGCACUCAGGCAGUGACUCUCUGUGUCCCCAGAACAACAUCCUGACGGCCAUCCUGAUGCUGCUGCGAGAGCUGGACAUUGAGGGACUAGAGGCUGUCCACCAGACUGUGGUCAGCCGGCUCCAGGCCCUGCAC